AUGAGUUAUUAGGAUAAAAUAUUUGUAAAAAUGCCCCCUUUAGAUUCAUUAAAAGCUGAAUUAAGAUAAGCAAGUUAAUAUUUGGCGGCUCAUAAAUUAUAUAAUAGUGCAAAAUGGUAAUAUUAUAAUAAUUUUUUAAUAUUAAUUAAAAAAAGGGCAAGUGAAUUGCUUUUAGGGAUAACAAAACAAAGCGAUAUAAACGAAAAUAUAUUGUUAAGCAAUUUUAUAAUAAAUAAUACUAAUUAAGCUUAUAGAUUUCAAACUUAAUAUUAAGAAAUAUAUGAUGAUACGUUUGAUGCUAUUUUAGUUGCUAGAAAUUUAUUUGAUUUGAGGGAAUACAAAAAAUGUGCUAAUAUACUUAAAGAUUUUAUAUAUAAUCCUAAAAACUAAUCUGCAAUAUUUUUAUAUUAUUAUUCAUUAUACAUGGCUGGAGAAAUUAGAAAAGAAGAAGAAAUGUAUGAAGAAGAAUAAAACUCUAAAAGAGUAAUAAAUUAAGAAUUAUAGUUAAUACAAAGAGACUUAUAAGAAAUAUAUAAUAGAAAUGAACUUUCUGAUCUAAAUAGAUAUUUAUAUGGGUUAGUUCUAAAAGACUAGGAAAGAAUUGAAGAAGCUAAAGAAAUAUUUUUAGGAGUUUUAAAUGAUUUUCCUUGCUUUUGGUCUGCUUGGAUUGAAUUAUGUAAAUUGAUUUAAUCAGAAGAUUCUAAAUUAUUAGAGUUUAAAGAUCAUUGGAUGAAAAACUUUUACUAUAGUAGUUUCUGUUUAGAAAAUCAUAAAACUAAUAUAUGUAUUGAAAUUAAUUAUGGUCUAUUGUGCUUUUUUAAAACAUCUACUUACUUAAUAAAUUAAAUUGCACAUUAUUUUUAUAAUUCUUAAGAUUUUGAUGUAUCUUUAGAAUGGUUUGAAAAGUUAGUUGAAAUUGACCCUUUCAGAUAUGAGAAUAUGGAUACUUAUAGUAAUAUAUUAUAUAUAAAGGAAAAUUAAGGAGAAUUAGCUAAUCUAGCUUUAAGAUGUUUUUAUAACAAUAAGUAUGCAACUGAAACAUGUUGUGUAGUAGGAAAUUAUUAUUCAUUAAUGGGAGAACAUUUAAAAGCAGUAAAUUAUUUUAGAAAAGCUUUAAGAUUAGAUCGUAAUUGUUUAGCUGCAUGGACCUUAAUGGGGCAUGAGUAUUUAGAAAUGAAAAAUAUAGCAGGAGCAAUCGAGGCAUAUAGAAAUGCAGUUGAAAUAGAUCCUAAAGAUUUUAGAGCGUGGUAUGGUUUGGGAUAAACAUAUGAGUUAUAAACAAUGAAUCAUUAUGCAUUAUAUUAUUUCACAAGAGCUGUUAUGUCGAGACCUAAAGAUUCAAGAAUGUGGAAUGCAAUGGGAACUUGUUAUGAAAAAUUGGGAAAAGCAAACGAAGCUACUCGUUGUUAUGAAAGGGCUGAAUGUGGAAAAGAUAAAGAAGGGAUAGCGUUAUUUUAAAUGGGAAAAUUAUAUUAGUUGAUGGGAUUUGAAGAAAAGGCUAUUUAAUGUUUUGAAGAAAAUUUAAAAAGAAAAGAUGAAGAGCAAACUGUUGAUAAAGAAAUGGGAGAAUGUCUUAUUUUAUUGGCUACACAUUUUAAAAAAAAAAUGAAUAUUGAGAAGGCUUUACAUUAUGCUCGAAGAUUACAAGAUAUUAAUGGGCCAGAAAGAGAUGAGGCUAAUAGCAUAAUUUAUGAAAUUAAUUAAAUUAUUAAUAAUCAACAUAAUUUUAAGGACAAUUGUAAUAAUAGGAUUAAUACUAAUAACCGUAAUAGCAAAGUUACUAAUUUAGUAAUAUUAAUGGAUUAAAUUUAUAGAAUUUUAAAUGAAAUUUAAAAAAAAAUUAUGAAUUAUUUUGUAAUUUUAAUAAAAUAGUUUAAAAUUUAAAAAUAAUUAUAUAUAUAAAUUUAUUAUUUAAUAAUAUGA